GAGCACAGCUGUUUACAAAAACAAAACCAAGCGAAGAAGCGAAAAUUAUUGGCGAUUUUUAAAAAUCCAAAUUAAAACUAGAUUCGGAGUCGGAAAACCUUCAUAGAUUUGGGAAUGUUCUGCUGCCUACGCACCUGUCUCAAUGGUGGACACAUAAGGAAACCGACGGCAACCAGUCGCCUGCGGGAGCCCGAUGUUCACCUGGAUGCAGCGCAUAUGGGACCUGAUGUAAUCCUGCUGUCACACCAACUGCGCGUAACGGGCACUGGCGGCGUCCUGGCCACGGCGCCUUUGGUCCAAUCGAAGUCCUACUUCGAGGUGAAGAUCCAGCACGGCGGCAGCUGGUCGGUGGGCUUGGCAACGCGUCAAACGGAUCUCAGUCGCAAGAGCGGCGGCGGGGAUCGAGAGUCCUGGUGCCUGUGCUCCGAUAAUGCCACACGCCACAAUGACCGCGAGGAGUUCCGACCAGUGGUGCAGUCUGCUUGCACCACUCAGCCAGCGAGGACGAGCAAUGGUAUCCUGAACAAUAGCGCUGCCAAAGCGGCCGGACUCAUUGCCAUCGAGGAUUUGCAGCAGGAAGAUCUGCUGAUGACCACUGGAGUGGCAUCAUCCGAUGUGGAUAUCGGUGAUUCGUUGAUAGCAUCGCCACAGCGAGAUUUUCCCGAUGAAGGAGACAUUGUGGGCGUCGCCUUUGACCACGUGGAGCUGAAUUUCUACUUCAAUGGAAAGAAUCUGGAGGUUCCAUUUCGAAAUGUACGAGGAGCAGCACUAUUUCCCGUCAUUUAUGUGGGCAAUGGCGCCAUUCUGGACAUUAUCUUGGAUAAUUUUUCACACGGACCACCACCAGGAUUCGAACGCAUUCUAUUGGAACAGUCACUUCUUUAGAUAGUCCACACAAAAGCCUUGAACAAAUUAGCAGCAUGAGAACAAAGCAUUAACAAGAAUAACUAAAAGACGGUGCAUUUUAGGACUUUAGGAACGCAUUUCAUUCAAGUAAUUUUUGUGGCACUUUCUCUGCCAAUGCGGACAACUACCUUUAAAAAAAAUGAAAUACAUUAUUGUCUAGUAACACUUUAUUUAUUUAAUGUAAAAGUUAAGUUACAAGAAUGACAUUUUAAAUAUGCAUUCUAGAUUAAGUUUUAAAAUGCGAACUUUCAGUAUAAAACAAAUUAUUUACACAUUUUAGUUUUAGUUUUAGUUAUUCCUUUGCCAUAUUUCUUCUCUAGUCAAAAAGAAAAGUUCCCAAGCUGAAUUCUAUCUCACAACCAAAACAGCUAUUAAAUUAUUUCAAUUUACUUUGUACACAUAUCUUAAUCGAUUUUGUUGAUUUUCACCACAUAUUUACUUAUAGUCGUAAAAUGCACUGUUCUGUUCUCAUUUAGACAUCAGGUGUAUAAACUUUGUAAACUCUCUAGUCCUUGCACUAUCCAAACCGAAAGUAUUUGUAUAAUUUUAUUAAUGUUUUGUAAAUUAUUUACGUAGCUUGACGUAGCAUUUGUAUUAUACACAGAGAUACGCGUAUCUGCAUACAGAUACAGAUGAAUUUUUUUGUAGGACUAGGUGGCCACAAUUCAAUUCUGACUUCAUCGUACACAUUCCAAUUUACAACGGCAACGUACUCGAGCACGGAAUUACCUAACUAAAUAUAAGAAUAUAUCUGUAUAUCUAAUAAAUUGUAUCUACACGUAUCCAACGCUUCGAAAACUGAUUAAUCCGCGCGCGGACAAUAAAUCAAUGUUAUGUACUU